CUCACGUAACCUAUUGUUUCCGCCAGUUGUGAUUAGCCAACCAAGGGCCUGCGAGUGUUGUCACGUGGCUGACUUUGACAGACUCACGCCUCGUCAUCAUGCAGGUUGCUGGAGUGAUAAGUUGUGCCCUUAGAAGAGGUUCUGUGACUGGCUGUCAAAGAGUUUUCCCUUUAGCAGUCAAUCAUAUCUACUUACACAGGCAGUUAAACAUUCAACAAAGAAGAUAUUUCUUUUUCCGGAAACAAAGAAGUGCUGCUUAUGAUAUAGUUUGGCCAGGUACAGUUUCCCCGGCUCACCCAGUUCCUGAGCACAUAAUGAAGCCAGACUAUGUGACGACAGGCAUUGUGCCUGACUGGGGAGACUACAUUGAAAUUAAGGACGAAGAUCAGAUUCAAGGGCUUCGUCAGGCUUGUCAACUAGCCCGUCAUAUUUUACUUAUGGCUGGAAAGAGUUUAAAGGUUGGCAUGACAACUGAAGAAAUAGAUGCACUUGUUCAUGAGAACAUCAUCAGUUGGAAUGCAUAUCCUUCUCCACUAGGUUAUGGAGGAUUCCCCAAAUCUGUGUGCACAUCGGUAAACAAUGUGGUGUGCCAUGGAAUCCCUGACAGUCGAGCACUUCAAGAUGGAGACAUUAUCAACAUUGACGUAACUGUGAGUCACCAUUGUCUGGUAUAUUUCGGAGGAUACCAUGGAGACACAUCUGAAACAUUUCUUGUGGGGAAUGUGGAUAAAUGUGGUCGAGGGUUAGUGAAAAUUGCAAGGAGAUGCAGAGAUGAAGCAAUAGCAGUUUGCAAGCCAGGGGCCCCCUUCUCUUCAAUUGGAAACACAAUCAGCCGCAUUGCAGGAGAAAAUGGCUUCCGAGUAUGUCCCAGCUUUGUUGGCCAUGGAAUAGGAUCCUUUUUCCAUGGACAUCCAGAAAUAUGGCAUCAUGCUAAUAACAACGACAUGCCUAUGGAAGAAGGAAUGGCUUUCACCAUAGAACCAAUUAUUAUGGAAGGAUCCCCUGAUUUUAAAAUCCUCAAGGACAAAUGGACAGCAGUGUCAGUAGACAAUAAAAGGUCGGCCCAGUGUGAGCAUACCAUUGUAAUUACAUCAGGGGGAGCGGAAAUCCUCACUAAACUGCCACAAGAGGAAUAGACCGACCGAGCAGAGCAAGAGAGGCUGAAACCUCCCUCUGAAAUGCCCGAAAACACUGGCGCAAACACUGGCUGUUUGGUGAUAACAGGGCACCCACAGCUGGGCACUCACUGAUUCCUACAAGCCUCGCCCAAUCGGAUAAAUUGAUAUAUAUAAAUAUAUUUAUUUGCUGGGAUAAAAUAAAACAGCCUUCCAGUUCAAUGAAUACACCAACCAUCCAGUCGGAGUAGAGGCAGGUGGCACUUCCCUGGGCAUUUGAGGGAAAAGAUUAUUGGUGGCGCACACUCCAACCCCAGCAUUAAUAUAUGUGACACUGGGAAGCGCAAGGCUGCACCUCUAAGUGCCUCUGGGAAAUAUAAUUAAACCAAACAUUUCUACUCCCAGAAAGAUGACUUUUAUAUAUAUAUAUAUAUAUAUAUAUAUAU